AUGCCUAGGAAACCCACACCAGCGGCCAAGCAGCGGGUUCGCACUGGUUGCCUGACCUGUCGGAAAAGGAGAAGAAAAUGUGAUGAGCAGAAACCGAGCUGUGCUAACUGUGAGGUCAAGGGCUUCACGUGUAAAUAUAGCUCCGAUUUGGCGUUCGUGUCGCAGCGUGAGGGGGUUGUUCCCGGUGCGUCGAGACAGGCGUAUAGAAGUAUCACAUUUGUCGAUGAUUCGCCCCUUGCAGCCGCAAAUAAAGAGAAACAAAAGCCCCCGCCGAGGUCUACAGAUGAUUCCCAGAGUGAUGGCAAUACUGGUUUCUCUUUAGACGGAUUGCAGUCUUCUGCUGAUGGCCCCGAUGAUCCCGGGGAUGCGCGUCGUGCCUUUGAAUUCCAAGACAUAUUGUCAUCGGAGGUCCCCAAUGUCGACUUUCCUGAGCCUCCAAUCCCCCUUGUCGGAGAACCGAGUGCGCCGGGUACUCGCUAUAUGAACAGUGCUCCAUAUUUUGGAUGCCGAUCCCGCAUCAGCAACAGAACAGUUGAACGACGAGGAGCUCUUGCGAGUGGCAAUCCUGAGACCGACCUGCUUCGACAUUUCCGGUACCACGUUGGUCCUUGGAUCGAUACCGGGGACCCUGAGCUCCCAUUCGGACUGCAGGUUCUUCUGCUCUCACGAACAAACAGAGCUCUGCAAGCAGCGGUCCUUGCACUGUCUGCAGGUCAACGACUUCUCGUUGCAUCCCCGAAUAGCAAGGACCUGGAAAGCAGCCAGCAGUUCCGAAAGGAAGCGGAAGAAAGUCUAGCGCUUGAAUAUGAUCUGGCUAGAUAUGCUGGCCAUACCCUCUUGAUGCUUCAAGACGCUCUGCCUGCUGGACCGCAGCAGUGGAGAAGCCUCCUGGUUCACAAAAUAGAGCAUAUAAGUGACUUCGCGUCACGAGCAAUGGGAGAAGAGGUUGGGGACGCUUUGUUAUGGCUUUGCUUUCGACUGGACCUCGCAGGCUCAAUAUCCUCUUCAAAGCCACCACUUAUGCCCUUUCGAUCAUUGUUACGACGAGAUGGAACCUUGUUGCACAACCAACAAUCCAUGCAGCCUCAGACGGUCAAUUCCGUAUACAAGCACAUAUUGUGUCUGCUAGGACACUGUCUAGCGUUAAUACACGGUGAUCGAGAAAUUGCCUCUCCGCAUACAGUCCCAUCACCAGCAUUCCCAUCUUUACGACAGUCACACUCCCUAUCACAAUGGACAUUCCUCUGGUCAGACUGCCAGAAAUGGUACAAUGAGCGACCAGUAAACGUUCAGCAGAUCGUGGACAUUCGCGGUGGUGAAGCUGACCAAAUCGACCCUGAGCACGACUCCUCAUUUCCAAUCCUUAUCUACACGACGCCAAUGGCGCUGGUCGCCAACGCCGUCUACCACAUGAUCUCCCUCUUAUUGCUAACGCAUAAGCCUCGACUUUUGAAAUCACUGCCCGGACCGAGGUCGGUCACCUCGCAUAUCUGGCACGCGCAGUCCAUUGCUGGGAUCGCAGCAAGUAAUGACUCCCCCGAACAAUGGGAUCCGAUCUUGGUUGCGAGCCUUCUUACUAUUGCCAAGGAGAUGACGCAUGAAUCACAACAAUCGGUUCUACUAGACCGUUUUUCCAGGAUCACAGCCACGACAGGCAUAAAACUGGACCGAGAGACGGAGGCGCUUCAAGCAGCUUGGAAUCUGGCCCGAUACGAGGAGGAAUUCGACGAUGAAGCGGACGCUAUGAUUUCAUAA